GCUCCGUGACCGUUGUCCAGUAUAGUCACGAGAAUUUAAAAGGCAAAUAAGGGUUAAAAGAGGAAGGAGUAUCGCGUCGACCAAUCUUUACAUGUCCACGAGAUAGUACUGGUUGGUGCCGAGCCGAGCAGUUUGCUAUUGCGCGACGUUGCUAUGCCUAGAUAAAUACAGUGAUUGUGAUGCAAGUUGUACCAGUUUUUCUAAUUCGCCAAAGAACUUAAUGAAUCGAAAAACUUUAUUUAAAAUUACGAGCGGUUGUCUGUCAAUGUAAACUCGUUAACACCGGAUCCAUCGAUAAAAUGAAAUUACGCUUCGACGAUCAAAUGUGGUCAGCUGUAUUUAAUAUCAGUAACUUUGAUAUCUGUUGAUUCACGCGAGUUCGCAGAUCGACAUAACAACUCGUAAGAAUCUAAUCUGCUUUGAAAUGACGUUACCAGUCAAGGAAUUAUACAUUAUAUCGGAGAGAAUUGUAAAUAAUUUAAAGUUCAACAAUGAGCCCUCAGAGUUAUAAAAAUCAUAUUGCUACAAAAAUGAUGGCAUCCAAUGGUUACACUGGUGCUGAGACACCAUCCAAGGAAUCCAAAAACCAUUCAUCUUGUGAGUCAUUGAAUUCAAUGCCAUGGUUUGGUAUGGAUAUAGGAGGAACCUUAUCCAAACUAGUUUAUUUUGAACCUAAAGAUAUUACAAGGGAUGAAGCAGAUGCUGAAAUAGAAACUGUUAAAAAUAUUCGGCGGUAUUUAGUUAAAAAUUCAGCAUAUGGGAAAACAGGUUAUCGAGACACACAUUUGCAAAUGGAUAAUGUUUGUAUUAGAGGUAGACGAGGCACGUUACAUUUUAUUAGAUUUCCUACUAGCGAAAUGGGAAAUUUUUUAGCAUUAGCAAGGUCUAAGGGUAUGGCUAAUCUCGUAACUACAGUUUGCGCUACCGGUGGUGGAGCCUAUAAAUUUGAACAAAAUUUUAAACAAGAAGUAAAUAUGAAUUUAGAAAAAUUCGACGAAUUAGGUAGUUUAAUACAUGGCAUGCUUUAUAUAGAGACAACUAAUCCACACGAAUGUUAUUACUGGUCCAAUCCUACGGAUGACAGUAAAUGUCACAAGGUUCCUUAUGACUUUUCUGAACCCUACCCCUUUUUGCUUGUAAAUAUAGGGUCAGGAGUAAGCAUAUUGGCAGUUUAUGGGCCAGAGAAUUAUAAAAGGAUCUCUGGAACCAGUCUAGGUGGUGGUACGUUUUUAGGGUUGUGUUGCUUAUUAACUGGAUGCAACACAUUUGAGGAAGCAAUAGAAUUAGCAACUGGAGGUGAUAAUACUAAAGUGGAUAAAUUGGUUAAGGACAUUUAUGGUGGCGAUUACGGACCUUUUUGUCUUCCUGGAGAUCUUGUUGCGAGCAGUUUUGGACAAAUGAAUUCCAAAGACCGUCGAAAUGCCGUUAGUAAAGAAGACCUUGCACGCGCAACACUUGUCACUAUUACAAAUAAUAUAGGUUCUAUUGCCCGUAUGUGUGCUGUCAAUGAAAAGAUUGAAAGGGUAGUGUUCGUUGGAAACUUCCUUAGAGUAAAUCCUAUAUCAAUGAAACUUUUGGCCUAUGCUAUGGAUUAUUGGUCUAAAGGAACAAUGAAAGCUUUUUUCUUAGAACAUGAGGGUUACUUUGGUGCAUUAGGAUGCCUGCUUCAAUUUAAUGGCGAACUAAGCUAAAACCAUAGACAAUUGCAUAAUAUAUAGCAUUCCAUUUGAUACUCCGACUCGAAUGAAUCUUUUUCAUGAGGAUGGUUAUGCAAUUAUUUAACAUAAUUAUUUAUUUUUGUUAUACAAUAUUUAAUUUCUCAGGAAUUAUUGUAUAUGUUGUAUAUGAAGUUACAAUAGCGCAUGAAAUUUUAUCUAUGCCAGAGACCUGAUGUCAAACUACACUGUCUUCAAAUAUGAUCGUAUUUAUUACAAAUUUUAACAAGCACACUAUAAUAAGUUAUUGUUUCGAAAUGUGUUACGUAAUUAUUGCAUAAAGACUGAAUAUGGCCACAAACCUUGCAUGAAUUUGUAUAAAAAAAAACUAUAAUGGACCAAAAUCGAAUUGCAUAAAACUUAACUUGGGUCUACUAAUAUUUUUAUAGAUCCAUUCUUAGAGUCGUACAUAUAAGGCAUGAAAUUUGUCAUGUUUAAAUGGUUUCGAUUAUUCAAAGCUACUAACACGAAAAGCAAUAAAUUUGAUAAGUACUUAACACCUAUUACUACUAUUCAUAUUAUUAUGAAUAUUUUAUUUUUAUUUUUAUUAUCAGGCAUUAUGGAAUGUAGCGAUUAACUAGCAUUAUGUUACAAUUAUUAGCAAUUGUAUAAAAUAUAUGUAACGGUCAGUGGCCAUAUUUAAAAGUUAUUUAUAUACAUUUUCUUAAUUCGAGAAAUAUGGGGGGUAAUUUACUAGGUAUUUGUCAUUAUUGAAUCGUAACAUGCAUAACGUGCCUCAAGAUGUAGACACCUAACAUUAUUGUUAAACAUUUUUUUAUAGAAUAAUAAUUUACAAUGUGACGAUUAACAGAACGAAAUAUGUCACGAGGAUAUUUGUACUAUAGCACU